CUGCACUACUGUCCAGACUCCGGCUGAUAACAACUCCGGCCAGGCAGUGAGGGGAACCGAGCGUGGCGCUGCCGCCGCCGCCAGCUCCGGAGACUGGUUGCAGGGGACGCUGCUCGUCCAGCAGGCGGAGGAUCACAACUCCAGAGUGCCGCAAGCUGAGCGACAGAGGCUGGAAGGAAGCAAAGCAGCCGCUCAGACUCCGCUCCUCCAAGGUGGAGUGGCUGGGCUGGACAAGCCAGCGGGAGGACGGAACUAGCUUGUUGUUUGGUCCCUGCCUUCUCCCCUCCUGCUCCUCCUCCUUCUGACUGUGCAAAGGCAACAAGGUUGGGAAAUCAACCGGCGGAGGGAGGGAGGGAGGAAGGAAAGAGGCACACGUGGGGUGGACGGACCAGCAGCUGCUAGAAAAGGCACCAAGCAACCCUCCGGAGGCUCGGAUGCAGUCCCAGCGAGAUGCUCCAGUGAGAACAGCUUUUUACCCGGGACCGCAGCACUGGGAUCCGACGCCCCCGCUGCGCUGCAGCCAUUCAUUAAAGGCUCAGCCUGGAGGACCCCUUCUGUCUGGCCCGCCCUCAAAUGUGGGACACUUUCCCACUCUGGCAGAAACGGGAGGGGACGAGAAACGCCUUGUGAGGCUUGUUAACUAGCAGGUUUUGUGGCUAACAACUCCUCUUUUAUUGCAUGCAUGCCUGUGUGUGUGUGUAGAAUAUUUUUAACUCUCCUCUCCACUUGGCUGCUGAAGCGCCAUCCCAAAGCCAGCUUGUAUCGCAGCUGCUGCCAACUUUGAUUUUAAGCCCGGUGUUUACCGUCACUCCUUCCCAUGAUGAAAGAUUUUCUUGUCAGCUUUUCAUGGAGGCGUUGCACGUUUUGCUCCUCUUUCUCUGAAGUGGCCUGUCUAGUUGCCAUCUCCACUUGAAGAGGAACCCUGGACAGCGAGUGCCAGGCGCCAAGACUGGUAAAGCAACCUAGCCUGUCGGAGCCACACAGCGAACCAAAGGGGCACUGGAUUGCCGCCUGCUUUAAGUGAAAGCAGACCGACAUGGGGGGCAACCUCGGCUGCCACCGCUCCAUUCCCAGAGACCCCUCGGACCUCUGCCACAGUCGCAAGUUCAGCGCGGCGUGCAACUUCAGCAACAUCCUCGUGAACCAAGAGAGGCUGAACAUCAACCUGGCCACAGAGGAGGAGCUCAUGACACUACCUGGGGUCAACAGGAUGGUUGCCCAGAACAUUGUGGAAUAUCGAGAGUAUAUUGGUGGCUUCAAGAAAGUAGAGGACUUGGCCUUGGUGAGUGGGGUGGGAGCCGCCAAGUUAGAGCAAGUGAAGUUUGAGAUCUGUGUGAGCAGCAAAGGCAACUCUGCCCAGCAUUCACCCAGCUCCCUGAGGAAGGACCAGAACCUAGACCACCUCUCUGCUGCCAAGAUCAAUAUCAACACUGCCACGCCAGCUCAGCUAAUGAGCAUCCGUAGCAUCACGGAGAAAAUAGCCAACAGCAUUGUAGAGUACCGCAAAGAGCACGGGCCCUUCAAAAGCAUUGAGGACCUGGUCAAGAUGGACUGCAUCAACUCCUCAUUUCUGGACAAAAUCCGACACCAGAUCUUUGCAGAGAGAUCAAGGCCUCCCUCCACAAAUACCAAUGGCGGCCUCAACUUCACUGUCAAGCCUCACCCGAGCCCCACCUCACUAAGUCUCCAGAGUGAAGAUCUGGAUUUUCCACCUGGAGGGCCAACUCAGAUUAUCUCCACCCGGCCCACAGUGGAAAUGUUUGGUGGGAUGAGAGACGGAAAGCCCGUACUGAGGGUGGCCACUUGGAACCUGCAAAACUGCUCUGUUGAUAAGGCCAAUAACCCUGGUGUGCGAGAGGUUGUAUGCAUGACGUUACUGGAGAACAGCAUCAAGCUUUUGGCUGUGCAGGAGUUGGUUGACCGAGAUGCACUGGAAAAGUUUUGCAUGGAGUUAAACCAGCCAACUCUGCCAAACAUCCGCAAGUGGAAGGGCCCUCGGGGGUGCUGGAAGGGGGUUGUUUCGGAGAAGCCCUCAGGUCAGCCGCAGAAGGGCAUGGAAUAUUCGGGCUUCCUGUGGGAUACGACUGCAGGUAUAGAGCUGAAGGAUGUUGCCUCCUACGAGAACACCCACACAAAUGGCAAUGGGAGGCAGACGUUCCCUCCCCCUUGUGUUGCACACUUGAAGGUUGGAAUGAAUGAUCUAACACUAGUUAACCUUCAUCUGGCUCCUUUGCCCUCAGUGGGAGAAAAUGCUGUGAAAAACCAUGAUAGCCACAAAUUAGCAGCAUUUGCACAGACUCUGCAGGAAACUCUGAAAGGGGAAAAAGAUGUGAUCAUUUUAGGAGAUUUCGGCCAAGCACCAGAUAGUAGCGACUAUGACCUGCUGAAGAAGGAAAAAUUUCACCAUCUGGUCCCUGCCAAUACAUUUACGAACAUCAGCACAAAGAACCCUCAGGGUUCAAAGUCACUGGAUAACAUCUGGAUCAGUCGUAGCCUAAAAAAGGUUUUCACAGGUUAUUGGGCAGUUGUGAGAGAAGGCCUUACCAACCCGUGGAUCCCUGAUAACUGGUCGUGGGGUGGAGUAGCAUCAAGCCAUUGCCCGGUGUUGGCCGAAUUUUACACGGAAAGAGACUGGAACAGAAAGGAUAUGACUAAAAAUGGAAAUGGGGUGAUGGUGGAGCGUAGUGACUCAAAUGCGAAACAUGAGCGAUGAUGAACAGACAUGCAAACCGCCAUUCCCUCUCGUGGAAGGGAUGGUCAGAAGAUCCCUUUGCUUAAGGCCUGACUGUGAACCAGAACUGCCUUCUUUCUCAUUUAAAAAGAAUCAGCUUCUGCUUUUAACAUCUCCCAUCCCCACCUCUGUGCUCCUUUGUGGAUGUUUUAGGGUAUCCUGUUGCCAUAGAGUGGUUUGUGACUUUUUAUGGAAACAUGGUGGACACUUUUGUGCUUGGAUACCCGGAUAACUGCAAAUAAAAUGCACUUUUUAAUACAGUA